CCUCACCCACUUGAACAUCCUUUCAAGUAACCACAACCCAUGCGGCAAAAACUCCUUCACCGCCCUUAUCUACUCUCAUCCCUGCAACUUUGCAGCUCCAUGUCCACCUUCCAUGUCCAAUUAGAAUAUUAGGUUGAGAGAAUCAGAGUCCAAUACUACUUGGGUCGGCUAUGGAGACUGGAAUUGCUUGCUGUGCUCGUGGGGCUUUUCUCCCCAAUCUUUCUUCCCGGCAUUCAACUCCUCUCCUGUCUCCUUUCGCCACCAGGAGUCUAAAAGCGAGCUCGCUAUUUGGGGAGUCGUUAAGGCAAGUUCCUAAGUCAUCAGUGAAAGUGGCAUCAAGGCCAAGGAGUGUUCCUUCCAAAACCAGAUGUGAGAUUGGUGAUAGUCUGGAAGAGUUUCUCACCAAAGCAACCCCUGAUAAGGGAUUGAUCAGAUUGUUGACGUGCAUGGGAGAAGCUUUGAGGACCAUUUCCUUCAAAGUCAGGACGGCUUCUUGUGGAGGAACUGCUUGUAUCAACUCCUUUGGAGAUGAACAGCUUGCUGUUGAUAUGCUUGCGGAUAAGCUUCUAUUCGAGGCCUUGAGAUACUCACACUCAUGCAAAUAUGCUUGCUCUGAAGAAGUGCCAGAGCUUCAAGACAUGGGAGGCCCUGUUGAAGGAGGGUUCAGUGUUGCAUUUGACCCGCUUGAUGGUUCAAGUAUUGUUGACACGAACUUUAGUGUUGGCACCAUAUUUGGAGUGUGGCCCGGUGAUAAGUUAACUGGAGUGAAGGGAAGCGACCAAGCUGCUGCAGCCAUGGGAGUUUACGGUCCUCGCACGACAUAUGUUCUUGCGCUGAAAGACUUCCCUGGCACUCAUGAGUUCCUGCUUCUUGACGAAGGAAAAUGGCAACACGUUAAAGAGACGACAGAGAUUGGGGAAGGAAAACUGUUCUCUCCAGGAAAUUUGAGAGCCACAUUUGAUAACCCUGACUAUGACAAGCUGAUCAACUACUAUGUGAAGGAAAAAUACACAUUGAGAUACACCGGUGGAAUGGUUCCUGACGUCAACCAGAUUAUUGUGAAAGAGAAGGGGAUUUUCACAAAUGUGACAUCUCCCUCGACCAAAGCUAAGCUGAGGCUGUUAUUUGAGGUAGCUCCUUUGGGAUUUUUAGUGGAGAAAGCAGGAGGUUACAGCAGCGAUGGUCGUCAGUCUGUGCUCGACAAGGUGAUCGAGAAUCUCGACGAAAGGACCCAAGUUGCUUAUGGGUCUAAAGAAGAGAUCAUUCGUUUUGAAGAAACGCUCUAUGGAUCGUCAAGGUUUAAGUCAGGGGUGCCAGUUGGUGCUGCAGUUUAAACAGUGAAAGAACAUUCCCCACCAUCUUUUCUUUGCUUGUUGAAAACAGAAAUUUAAUCAGUCAGCAGAAGCUUAUGACUUGUAUGAUAGAAAUGAAAAUGUUCAAGCUUGUUUGAAGUUUGACACCACAGCUUCCAAGGUUAGACCUUUCUUAUAACAGUCAAAUUUGAAAAGCCGAACGAACUGGCUUCACUGAGCACGGUUUCUGAAUAAGAUGAAUGAUGGCUUUAUUCUUUCUA